AUGCACAGCGAGGCGUUUCAGAGAGAGGUUGACGUCAACCGCGCGCUGGAAACACACGCGAAUAUCGUCCAGUUUGUGAAGUCCUUCUCCAUUGAGAGUUCUGAAGGCGAGCAGCGACACAUUAUUGUGAUGCCCUUCUUUGCUCGGAGUGCUGCUGACUUGCUCACGCUACAUGCUCCGGUUGGACUUCGCGCCUUGACCACUAUUGCUUGCGACUGCGUCAGUGCACUUGGCCAUAUUCACUCCAAGAACUAUUGCUUUGCGGAUUUGAAACCCGCCAAUAUCAUGCUGCAUUGUGGUAAAGAAGGUGGUGCCUCGCUGGUUGAUUUCGGCGCUUCGAUCACGGACCAAUUUUGCUUGGAUGUGGCUAUAUCGCAAGGCUCGGAGCUUCUGGACUGGACCUGUUUGGGCACGACGCUGGCUCGGUAUCGGCGUCCAAAGCAGUUCCUCGACUCGGUCCAUGACAUGAGAUAG